GGAAAAAAAAGAGAGAGAAAUGGGAUCGAGAAAUAAUAGUGAUGAUGAGGUGGUGGUGGUGGUGGGAAAGGGGUUGUCGGCGCUGGUGGUGGACGACGACCCGGUGGCUCAGAUGAUACACAAGGUGUUGCUGGACCGGUACGGCCUGCGGACGCAGGUGGCGAAGAACGGGGAGGAGGCCGUCGUGCUCUGCCGCUCCGGCGCCCGUUUCGAUUUGGUCCUCAUGGACAAGGAGAUGCCCGUCAUGGAUGGCGUUCUUGCUACUCGGGAGCUACGGGAGAUGGGUGUGGAGAGCACGAUAGUGGGCGUGACAUCUCAUGGGCCUGAAGCAGAUAUGGGUGCGUUUAUGGGGGCUGGUCUCAAUGAUUGUUUCGCUAAGCCCUUGACUCCUGAAAUUGUUUAUCGCAUUGUUAACUUGCUUGCCAUCUAAUUACUAAAGGUCUUCCAAUAAU